AUGACCGCCUUGCAAACAGCUCUCAACCGUAUCAAAAGAUUUGCCACUGAGAUCGGCUUUGAGAUUACUCCUAACAAAACUAAGAUGUUCGCUACUCCACCUGAUCAAGCGGAACAUCCUCUGCAACUGGAUGGUCGGACAGUGGAAAUCGUAUCAGACUUCAAGUACCUUGGGUCCACCAUCCUGCCCAAUGGACAAGCCAAAGAUGAUGUAAAGCGGCGCAUCGACACGGCCCGAACGGCGUUUCUGCAGCUCCGAACAACCCUAUGGCGCCAGAACGAGAUCAGCCUCAAAACCAAGCUCAAAGUGUUGCCACAGCAGUUCGACCAGUCCUAUUGUACGGCUGCGAAACCUGGCCACUGA